UUGUUUCAAAACACACGAAGCUGAUAAGAAUAUUAUCAAAUGCGAACUGCUUUCGACCUUCUGACCCAUUCCACCCAUUCGACGCUUUUGAAGUUUCUGUCAGCCAUUUAAAAAAAAUCAAAUUCCCACAUUGCAUUGGCAGACCCCUCGAAUCUUUUUUGACUUUCCUCCAUUGGCUUCUGUUUCAUAACAUUUGGAGCAAAACUGACCACGACUCGGAAAAAAUUGUGUGAAAAAUUUGUGUGCUGAAUUUUCGAUCUGAUAAAAGCUAUUUACGCUAGUUUCUGUAUGUUUUGUGGAGCUAUGAAAGUUUGAAAACAUCCAACAAACCAUGGGUAACGAUCAAUCGCAGUUGAAAGGAUUGGAAAUCAGCAAAAAGGCCAUCCAAGUUACUGACUAUUGGUCGCUCUAUAGUGGAGAAAUUCCCACAGAGUCGGCGGUGACUUAUAUUUCGAUAUUCCAAGGAGAAACCCUGGUCACCGGUCAAUUUUGGGCAAACCAAAACCCUUUGGAGCGAGCGAUUAAAAAUCUCAAAAUAUAUCGGCACCCGAACAUUUUGAAGUACAUCGCAUCAUGGAACAAGGGUUCGCUCAAGAUGCUGGCUACAGAACGAUGUCGGCCAUUAGCAACGUGUCUCAAUAUCACUAGCGAUGUACAGAUAUGUCUAGGACUGCGAAAUGUUCUAUGUGCGCUAAUAUUUCUUAUCGAACAAGCCAACGUACGGCACUUGAGCAUCAGCAUCUCUUCGAUUUAUGUAACCGAAGAUGGAGCAUGGAGACUGGCCGGGUUUGAACACCUUUGGAGAAACUCAGAUUUCUCAUUAAAUUUGUUGGAAAAAUCCGAACCCUAUCGUUACUCAAAGGCCAUAGAUCCGGAUGAACUCAAGAAUAAAGGUCAAUGUGUGGAACAAUAUUCUUUCGCCGUAAUGUGCGAAGAGAUUUUGCACAAUAAAACUGACAGCAACAUUCCAGCAGUAGAGGAUUUCAAAUCCUACUGUACAACACAUUUGAAGCAUAACAAUGUGGCCAUGCGGCCAAAGUUGUCGGCAAUUCUACUGCAUCCACUGUUUAACCACGACUUUAUCCUUAUACAUUCUUUCUUGACGGAACUUCCUUUGAAGAGUUCACAAGCUAAGCAGGAGUUUUUCACCGGACUGGCCGAUCGACUGCGCACCUUCGACCCCGAGACCGUAGCAGAGCAGAUGGGAUCGUUGCUGCUGUCACGAAUAGUCCUUCUGGACACAACAGCGCAGCUUUGCGUUACACCCUUUAUUCUUAGACCGAAAGGCGAUGAUCUGGCGUUGGGACUAUUUGCACCGAAAAUAUUUUCUUCAUACAUUAUCCCCAAGAUCAAGCAAGUGUUCUGCGUCCAAGACGCUCAAAUUCGCCUAACAAUCCUUGAGUAUUUCCCCGAUUAUGUCGAUUUUUUCAGCAAAGAAGACCUCAAGGAGGAUAUUUUGCCACAGCUUUUGCUAGGAAUAAAAGAUACCAAUGAUGUACUGGUCGCCAAAACGCUUCUCUGUUUAGCAGACUUGGUACCGAUUUUGGGUUCAGCUGUCGUCAUUGGUGGCAACCGGAGCAAAAUAUUUGCGGACGGCCGCCCUCAAGGGGUUCCUGACCAAUCGCUUCCGUGGAGCGGAGUUCGAUCGAUUACACCGGUGAUAGGUUCAGGAGAAUUUCUGUCGGGAAGUCCCAUUCCAGGCGGCGGUUCCGCUUUAGGAAUAAUAACAGGUGACACGAGUGCGUCGUUCAGUUCCAUUAUUCAAGGUGGACCAGAGUAUAAUUUCAUGCCGCAGCGUUUAUCACCUGAUGGUGAAGACACCGAUACUAACAGCGAUGUAGAGGUGGAGGUUGAUGAAUGGAGCGAUUGGGACAAUGAUGGAAAUGAGCAUACUGUUAGUCACCAUAUCAAUGAAGAACACAGAACAGAAUCAGUAAAAACCGUCUCUGAUGCUGCCGUAUCUAUAGCAGGCAAUAAGUCAAACACACCUCAACCAAUAAAUGUGCAAAACGAUCGUAGCUCUACCGCACUAAAAGAUACCUUGCCACCAAAACAAAAAACCGACGAUAAUAUAGAUAGUUUAGAUAUCAAAUCACAAACUUUCAAAAAACUGGAAUCGAAUACCGCCGAGGAAAUAGAUUUUUUCAAAGACAUGGAACCGGUUAUUCAAAAAGCCAAUGUACUGCUUAUUGGCGAUGAAGAUCCCGACGAACUGUCUCCAUUGAACGACAUGCCGAAUGUAGGUAAACAUGUUGAAGCCAUGAAAGAUCAGGAAGCGCCGUUGGUAGAUGUGGACACCAGUAGGUUCCAGAUCAAAAUUGACGAUUUGGAAGCCAAUGGGGAAGAUGGCUGGGAUAACGAGGAAAGUGAGUGGUAAUGAAAGCGGCAGCCGAGCUGUUAUUUUUACCAUGUGUUAAAGUACUAUUCGAAACUAAGCUGUACUGUAGAGGAUAGACCGCCAUUAAACAAUAAACACUUUAUUGGUUA